UUUUUGUCCUACAAGGAAACCAAAAUAGAUAUUGAGUUUUAUCGAAUUAAACUCGAUAAAAAUAUCUAUCGAACGUAUUACGACAUGCAUUUCAAAUUAAAAAAAAAUGACCUUAUCUACCUACGUAUUCGUGUCAUGCUCUAUAUAUCGUAGAUACAUGCAAGAAAUGAAUAAAACAGAACACCCGGUAUCGAUUUUGGAUUGAUAGAGAUUAGAACCCCUUCGAGCUUUGAGAUUAUGGGAAUAAUUUGUUAACCAAAUUGAACAUCGAAGGGAUAUAAAAGACUUCGGAACUUUGAAGAAGUCAAGCGUUGUUGAAUAUUCGUUGAAAUGAAGUCGUUGGUAUUGUUUUUCAUUAUUGCAGGCAGUUUUUAUGGAGGUUUCUGCUCAGAUAGAGUUGUCGGCGGUUCAGAUGCCCCUGAAGGUGCUUUUCCAUAUCAGGUAGCGUUGCAGAUAAGAAAUUCUCUAUUUUGUGGCGGUUCUAUCAUCGACAACUCAUGGAUAUUGACUGCAGCUCACUGCUUGGAUGGGCAAUCAGCUGAAAAAAUCAAAGUGGUCGCAGGGACAACAACACUGAAGAACGGUACAGGACAAGAAUUUGAAGUGGAAAGUUUGAAGAUUCAUGAAAACUACAACUCGAAGAAUGUCACAAAUGAUAUAGGUCUGAUAAAACUGAAGAAAGCCAUCGAGUUCAACGAUAAAAUGAAGAACGUUCCAUUGGCAGCUAAAGAAACAAAAGGUGGAAGAAGAUUGAUUUUGACAGGAUGGGGUAAAACUAGGUAUCCAGGUCAAACAACGACGAAACUUCAGAAAAUAGAUCUUUUGUCUGUGAGCGAUUCUGACUGUGCAACUGUUUAUUCUGGUAGAGUUGAUAAGAGGAAUAUCUGUACUUUCGGUAUACCUGGAAGGGGAGCAUGUCAGGGAGAUUCUGGCGGACCCUUGGUGCUAGAUGGAACUCAAGUAGGUGUAGUAUCAUGGGGUGUAGCUUGUGCUAGAGGACUGCCUGAUGUGUUCACUGACGUCUACAAUUUCAGGGACUGGAUUGAACAAAAUAUAAAAUCUUGAAAUAUUAUGUGGAAUUGGGAAAAUAGGUUAUAAAUUGCAAAUAAAUUAUUCUUGCCA